AUGGGGAAAAAGCAGCACAGCAAAGACCGGAUGUUUAUAACCAAAACGGAGUGGGCCACCGAGUGGGGCGGCGCCAAAUCCAAAGAAAACGGCACCCGCUUCAAACGCCUCCCUUUCUAUUGCUGCGCUCUCACGUUUACGCCGUUCGAGGACCCCGUCUGCACCGCAGAUGGCAGUGUGUUUGAUGUCUUGAACAUUAUUCCGUACAUCAGAAAGUACGGGAGGCAUCCGGUGACUGGAGUUCCGCUCAAGCAGGAGGAUUUGAUUCCACUCACUUUCCACAAAAAUUCAGAAGGUAGAGAGUAUCAUUGCCCGGUCCUGAAUAAGGUUUACACAGAGUUCACGCACAUAGUUGCUAUAAAAACUACAGGAAAUGUGUUCUGUUAUGAGGCCAUCAAGGAAUUAAACAUUAAAACCAAGAACUGGAAGGAGCUUCUCACUGAUGAACCUUUCACCAAGGAUGACAUCAUAACCAUUCAGAAUCCUAAUGCACUUGAUAGCAAGGUUCUCGUGGACUUUGAUCACGUCAAGAAAAACCUUAAAGUUGACGACGAAGAACUAAAAAAAAUGGAAACCGACCCGUCUUACAACAUAAACGUCACUGGAGAUAUAAAGCAAAUGCUUAAGGAGCUCGGUACAGAAAAGGGAAAGGAAAUUGCAUUACAUGGUGGCGGAGGAAGUAAGGCUAUAAAAGAAAGAGCUGCAGCUCUUGCUGCCAUUUUAGAAGCAAGGUCACGCAUUAAGCAUGAGUCUGAAUCCAAGGGUGGUGAGAAGCCUAAGCAGACAUACAGUAUAGUGGAUGCAGCAUCUGCUGCAGUUCAUGGGAGAAGUGCUGCUGCUGCAAAAUCGGAUGCUAGUCAUAAAACUGCUGCCCGUAUAGCGAUGCACAUGGCUGGUGAGAGGACACCAGUGAAUGCAAAACUGGUUAAAAGUCGUUUCACCACUGGAGCUGCUUCACGAUCUUUCACUUCUACUUCUUAUGAUCCCGUCACCCAGAAUGAAUAUGAAUAUGUUAAAGUUGAGAAAAAUCCCAAGAGAAAAGGUUAUGUCCGGAUGCAGACAACACAUGGUGAUUUGAACAUUGAGCUGCAUUGUGACAUCACUCCACGGACAUGUGAAAACUUCAUUACUCUUUGUGAGCGAGGUUAUUACAAUGGAGUUGCUUUUCACAGAAGUAUAAGAAACUUCAUGAUUCAAGGUGGUGAUCCUACUGGAACUGGGAAUGGUGGGGAGUCAAUUUGGGGGAAACCCUUCAAAGAUGAACUCAACUCCAGAUUAGUUCAUUCUGGACGAGGUGUUGUUAGCAUGGCCAAUUCUGGGCCCCACUCAAAUGGUUCUCAGUUCUUCAUCCUGUACAAGUCUGCAAAUCAUUUGAAUUUUAAACACACGGUAUUCGGAAUGGUUGUUGGAGGGUUAACAACUCUUUCAGCUAUGGAGAAAGUACCUGUUGAUGACGACGACCGACCCAAGGAAGAGAUCAAGAUAAUUAGUAUAGAUGUGUUUGUCAAUCCUUAUGCGGAGUCUGAUGAAGAGGAAGAAGAGAAGACCAAUGAGGAUAAGAAGGCUGAGGAUGAAGAUAAUGAUAAGGUUGGUUCGUGGUAUAGCAAUCCAGUUGCUAGUUCAACAGAUACUCCUGCUGUCGGUGGUGGUGUUGGGAAGUACCUGAAAGCAAAGAUAGCUCGGGCAGCAUCCGGCACUAGUCUUGAUAUCGAUUUGCCAGCUGGAUCUGUAGGAAAGAAAAGAAAAUCGGGAGUUUCCAGUGAACUUAAAGAUUUUUCUUCAUGGCGGGUGGAGUAA